UGCUAUUCUAAGUGUUUCCAUUACGCGUAUCGGAGGUUGCGGGCAAUAGACUCGAGCUUCCCUUCGACGCCGGCCUAAGAAACAUCAUAUCACGUGCACACACCGGUGAGCUGAUCAGGCGAUGGCUGCAUAUCGCGAUCCAAACGAAGCAGCAUGCGAGGCUUCGCCACAGCUCAGCCCUCCUACUGUCGUCAACCGGCAUGUUUUUGCUGAGGGGACGACUGCGGCUUUUCAUUACAAACUGAAGCCGCAACUGUUUUUUGUGGAACGACACAGGAAAUUCUUCUGGGAGAUCAUCGUGCUCAGGAAGAGUGCAGAAAGCGCCUAUUAAAUUCAUGAAUCUCCUGUCAAGUUCGGACAUGAUCUUGUAACUCGUGGCAUUCCUCAUAUAUCACAACAUGGAACCAAUUCGGCCGGUAUAUUCCUUUUCCACUCGUGGCGAGACUCCCCCAGAAGUCGAGUCUAAGACGGUGUCUUGGUCGACGCUCUUCUGGAUCAUUGUGCCCAUCGCAUUCAAUACCAUGACACAGCCGGGAGGGUCGGUCAUUUGCGCUAUACCAGAGGUUGGUUUCGCGUUGCGGAGCUCGCCCCUCAUAUGCGCCGUCGAUGCGAUCUUGCUCAUCUACCAAUUCUGGCAGUAUAGCUGGGAACAUGGAGUCAAAGAAGCACGGCGCCGGUUGUUGUUUGUUCGGUUCAAGGCUGUUUCCGAGGGCGGCAGCGAGUACCCCGACAUCACAUUGCUCCGGGAGAAUCGAGGUUUUCGAUACGUCGGCUUCGCUCUAAGUCUCGUACAAUACGUCAGGCUGUAUGCAUUCAGUGGGUGCACUGCAAUACAGGUCGUCGCGACAACAUAUCUGGUAUCAUUUAUUUUGAUCGAGGCCUUGACGCUUGGAUCAAGAGGCGCGACCCGAAUUCCACCACCACAGGUGGAAUCACUCCGAUGUUUCGGCCGGAUGGAUCGGCCGUACACAUUCAUCCCACCAGCCACGAUUUUCGCGAUUCACAUCGCCACAAGUCCAUUCGAAGAAGCCAUCAAUCAAUCAUUGCAGAGUGCAGUAUAUUGGUAUGGACAGUUGGUUUUCAUGGUAGUCGCCAUGUCGAUCAUUCAAGAUCUUCUCUCCAGCGCGACUCAGAGCGACGCUUGGGAAGAGUACGAACCCCUCUUGCUUGUCCCGGUGAUAAUAUGCCCCAACCCCGGCCAUAUUGUCUUGCACAUCAUAUCGGCGGUCCUUUCUGUCAGCAACGCCUUCAGGCAUUUCAUCCUGGUGGCGGUGCCAACGAUCUGGGCUUUCUUUUAUUCCCUCCUCUUCUCCAGCGCAUUCUUGACCAGGAAAAGCGCAAAAACCAGAGUGAAGGGAAGAGUCGAGCAAUCGGCGUCGUGGGGUUUCGUGGUUCUGCACCUCGCGGCGGCCUUUUUGUGGCACAAAUACAGCUAUAACCCCGAGGGUACCUUUGCACCCGCCUGGACAGAUUUCUUGGGGUAA